AUGUAUCCUGAUAGUUUUAAGCCAUUUUUCUGUGAUCUCCCCAAGAAGUUGACAGUAGAAACAAUGGAGAAAGUAUUCAAGCCUAACAAAAGCCUCGUUGGUUCUUCAAAGCGAGUGACUGAGAGUCUUGUUUUGUCCGGAUGGAGUGACUAUCUGCAAGAUAUAAAAGAUGCAGAAGAUCAAGAAGAGUCCAAAAUCACCUUGAGUGACAUUUUGUUCUUCUCCACUGGUUGCAAAGUAUUACCACAACGUGAGAUGCCUGUCACCAUUGAGUUUUUGCAUGAGCCAGCAACCCAGGGGCUACCUACCAAGGUUUCCCAGAGCAAAUACAUGUUCAAACGUCUUCCAGUCAUUCAUGGUGAUUACGAAAGCUUAAAAGCUGAUAUGGCCUUUGGCAUUCUCAAUUCACAGGGUUUUGGUACUGCUUAA